AUUAAUUCUUAUUUAUAAGUUGUUUUGAAAUGCACUCCAAAUAUCUUCAAAAGUGUCCUCCUUUACAAAAAUGUUAAAAAAAAGAGAUUAUUGGAGUAUUGCAACAUGAUAAGAUGAUUUCUCAUACUCAGUUCUCCAUUGUUGUCAAAUAAGGCCACACGUUUCUGCUUCGUCUUCUUCUUAUGGCAUGUUAGAGAUUAUCAGUUAGCCAAGGCACAACGACAGCAAGGAAGAGAAGAGCGCCCGAAGAGAGAAUGUCCACCGUGUCCACCAUCACCGGAAGAAAUAUUUCCCUUCUCCAAGUGGCAAAACCACCAAAGAGAGAGUUUUCUUUCUCAUCGCCCCGAAAAAGGGCAUUAUCGUACCAGCAGACAAAGUUAUCGCGUUCCUCCCUUGUAUAUUGCAGAAAUCGCAGGAAAGAUCAGAAGAAGGUUAAAGAGCACACUACUCCUAAUGUUGAUGACGUCGUCCUUUCCACACACGUUCAGGACUCUGGCUCAUUGCUUUCCCCAGGGGGUUGCAAGGGGUGUGGCAAAGAAGUGGCGGAGAUAGGUUGCAAUGGAGAGGGAAGGAUUCAAGGAGGGAUAGCUACAAUCCCGGGAUUCGGUUGGUGGCCUAUAAAGGCAUACCGCCCUUGUCCUUCGUUCUUGGAUUCCGGUGGUAAGUAUAGGCGAAGGGGACAAAGCAUGGAUGAAAUAGCCUCUGGGACGGGAAAACGAGGACAUGAUUAAACUCUUAUGCACGCCAGCUGAUUAAUGAGAGUCAAAUGACACUUUGAGGACAUUUCUUUAACAUUGCAAAUGGACUGGAGAACAUGAGUAGAGAUCAACUCUGGAGCUUGGAUCCCUCUUCACAUGAAAACGCACGAACAUUGGAUUGUUCGUGCGUUGUUUGCUCCCAUUGCCGCCGGUUGCUACUAUGGACCCAAUGUAAGGUGUUUUUUAUUCUUAAAUUCAAACGAAAAACAUAAUGUAUGAUGCCUAAUUUGGGGCUCCUUUGCUUUGGAUUCUAUCAAAGAACCAAUUCAGCCAAAAAACUCAAACUUAUAGUUGUAAGCCAAUGAAAAGUUUUAUGCUCU